UGAAUUGGUUCGCAGUUGAGAGAAAAAUGUUUCAGGCAUUUGGUGGUGCAGUCUUGGCUGCCGAUGGUAUUUCGAGGAUGCGACAGUACUGAUUUUCGGGUGACUUGGAUUGUUUCUCAGACUCGAAAAGGUUACCUCAGCCAUAAUCGGAGGUGUUACGGCCUGCAUUUUUCACCUUGAAUUGGACUCGUGGGAUGUUAACCCUCACACAUGGUGCAAACGACUACAUAUCGACCAUGUCUCUGUUUGAAUCCAGUGCAAAAGUGUGGGACUGGUUAUGCCAGCUUCGUUUGGAACAGUAUUCGGAUGCAUUCCAGCAUGCCGGUUUAGCAACAUUACAAGAGUGUCAGAACCUCACGCCAGAUCAGCUGGAGCAUAUGGGCAUCACCCUGCCAGGUCACCAGAGGCGCAUUCUAGCAAGCUUAAACAAAACUCUUGGCAAUUGCGAUGUACAUACCCAGCUUGGGCAGUCUGAGAGAUUGGAGCAGACCGGGCAUGCUGAAGUCAUUCAGAGAGACAGAUCGCUCCCUGUCCCAGUGGAUAGAAAACUGGGGGGAGAUGGUGAGACAAGGUUACCUACUCCCCGGGAGAGAGUCCCCAAGGAGAGGCAAAUGUCCAGAACAUUGGAGAGCAGUAGAGAGCAAGGAGAUGUGAAGCCAGUCCCCGGACAAAGACACAAAGCACCUGGAGUAGGAAAAAAGGAGGAGAAAAAUGGAGAAACUGGUAAAGAGACUGUUAAGCCUGUACCAAAGGAGAGGACUAAAUUUCUGGCUAGUGCUCCAAUGGACAGUAACCCCACCCCCCUUGUGUCUCCAACUUGUGACACCUCUUUACCCCCUGUACCCCCACGGAGCACCCUCAACUGCCCACCGCAGUGCUUCACACCCCUGUGCCCUUCACCACCCGCACAAAGCCCAGGCUCCCCAAGAGCAGACACAUCUGAGGCCAUAACCCCAACUGCACAGAUCGGAUCCCUGUCCAUGAGUUCCAGCCCCAUCAGCAACCCUAUUCUCAUAGAAACACCUCUCGACACGCCGAACGUCCAGUCUACCCAAACUAGGCCUGUGACGCUAGACAUUCAGCUACCUGCGCAACAUUUAUGUCGUGAUGGAGGAAAAAGGGCCUCAUACACCUCCCUCGACGCCUCGACUCCCACUGAUGACAAAAACAUUCCACCUCUUCCUCCAAAAGGAGGGAUAGGAUCUAAAGGUCCACCUCCAAUACCACACCGGAUUUCUGUGCAGUCACCCAGUGCCCACAGCCCCCCUCCCACCAAGACAGGAACAGAUGAGAUGCAGGAAGACCAAACUCCAAAGAUCCCACCUCGUACCAGGAUGCCCCAAACACCAGAGCACAACCAACAAUCAGUUCCACCUGACACGCAGCCAGCUGUGCCUUCCAGGAGGAUCCCCUUACACAGCCCUGAUGUUGAUUCUAAUGACUACGAGGAACCAAGCGUGUUUUACUCCACUAUUCCCCCGAGGAGCACAGCAGAGCUGGACAAGUCCCUCCACGUGCCCAAGCCAAGACAGCAGCACAGUUGCCUUUACAGUGAUGAUGAGCUGUUGGAUGAUGACGAUCAUACCCCUUGGCAGGAUGAUGGUCUCAGCAGCCCAAAGGGCAGUUUCAGCUUGCCCCACACUGGCAGGCUGUCUACACACAUUAAAGAAGACGACUCUCAGCUCUCUACUGUCAUCAAGAUGGGCUGGCUUGAUAAGAAUCCACCUCAGGGGGUUCUUUAUUACCAGAGGCGAUGGGUUAAGCUUGAUGUUGACUAUCUCAGAUACUUUGACAAUGAAAAGGAGGUGUAUUCUAAGGGGAUCAUCUCAACAGCAUUUAUCACUAAUGUGGCCGGUGUGGGGGACCUGAAGUUUGAGGUUGUAACAGGAAACCGGACAUUCAUCUUCAGAGCUGAAAGCGAAGGUGAAAGAAAUGAAUGGGUGACAGUACUUCAGGACUGCACCAGGGGGCACCAUCGGCGCAGCACUAUAAACCCUGGUUCACCAUUGGUCGCAGACUUUAAGGGUUAUCUGGAGCUUAGGGGGCUGCGCUCCAAACUUUUUACUGUUGUUUCCUCUGAUAAAGUCUUCCUCUACAAAAAUAUUGAUGACUAUCGUAUUGGCGUGGGCAUCACAUCCAUUGAGAUGAAUGUAGGAAACGUUAAAGACUCAGAUCGCCGUAGCUUUGAUCUCACCACUCCUUACCGCACAUUCAGUUUCAUAGCAGAGUCGGAGCAACUGAGAGAGCAGUGGGUGGAGGCCAUGACCAACGCCGUAGCUGAAGCGCUGUCCAAUAGUGAAGUUGCUGAGCAGAUCUGGGUGGAACCUAGCAACAGUUUCUGUGCCGACUGUGGGGCCCCCAAACCAGAAUGGGCGGCCAUCAACUUGUGUGUGGUGAUCUGCAAACGAUGUGCAGGAGAACACAGAGGACUGGGUCCCAGUAUCUCAAAAGUUCGGAGUCUGAAGAUGGACAAGAAAGUGUGGACAGAAGAACUCAUUCAGGUGUUCCUAUUACUUGGAAAUGAGCGGUCGAACAGUUUCUGGGCAGCUAAUUUGCCACCAAGUGAGGAUUUAACACCCUCUAGCUGCACCGAAGAAAGACGGCGCUUCAUCACUAACAAAUACCGCCAGGGAAAAUACAGGAAAUACCAUCCUCUGUAUGGCAACCAGAAAGAGCUUAAUAACGCUCUUUGUGUAAAUGUGCAGGGCAGUGAUGUGCUGGAGACGUUGAGCCUGAUUUUCUGCGGGGCAGAUGUGAAUUGUCCAACCGAUAUGGCAAACUGUCCCUCCCCUCUUUCCCUGGCCAGCGCACAUUCACAACAUUUGCAAGCUGAGUUGAUCAGUCAUAACCUCAACACAGAGUUGCCACAGUUAGAGGUGGUUUCUGGUAUGGAACCGAAACAUUACCAACCACCACCUUGUGUGUCGUACAAUGGCUUCCUUUUCAAAACUGCAUCCAUGGCUCGAGCCAUCACAGAGCGCAAGGGAAAAGAGGAGUUCAGUCGUCGCUGGUGCACCCUAAAUGAUGGGAUAUUCAGCUACUAUGAAAGUGAUAAGAAUGCCAACCCUAAUGGGACACUUAAAGCUUCAGAGAUAGUGUGUUUGGCAGUCGACAUGCAAGAGAAGCAUGGGUAUGAAUAUACCUUUGAACUCUACUCUGAGUCGGAGCGUCUUUAUCUGUUUGGCACUGAUGACCCAGAAAAGCACAAGGAAUGGGUCAAGUCUAUUGCAAAGAGCUUCAUCCCAGCAACGGCAGAGCCUUUGUUGAGGCUGGGUUUUGAGCGGAUCGGGCGGUUGAAGUGUAAAGAUGGCUUGAACUUACAAACAUCCAAAGUUGGGUGGUUUGCUUUGGUGGGCUCCACGCUUCAUGUCUACCUAGAGGAUAGUAAAGGAGAGGAAAUCCAUCUCCGCAAGCUCAAUGAGCUCUCUAUUCAACAAGACAAUGAAGUGCUGGUUCUGGUGGAGAGAGGCAGAACUCUGUACAUAGAGGGAGAAAGGAAGUUGGACUUUGCUGGCUGGUGUGGGUCUAUCCAGACAGCAGCGGGGAGUGGAGGGGACACGCUGAGCCAGCAGCAGCUCACAGAGACGGACAUACCUGUCAUAGUGCUCAGCUCUAUCGACUACAUCACACAAUGUGGUUUGAUGUCAGAAGGAAUUUAUCGCAAGAGCGGUGUGAAUUCCCGGGUGGCAGCGUUGUAUGAGAGAUUCCGUCGUGAUGCUCGCAGUCUUCGCCUAAAGGAAGGAGAGAAUCAGGUGGAUGAUGUCUCCAACACACUCAAACGCUUCUUCAGGGAGCUGGAGGAUGGACUGUUUACAAAACAUAACGCCACUUCCUGGCUCACUGUUGCAGCCAUUCAGGAUGAAAAGGCAAAAAUCUCCCAGUACAAGCACCUAGUGAACAAACUUCCUCAUGUGAACAAGGCUACACUACAAGCCCUUAUUAACCACCUCUAUUGCGUGCAGCGUUUUUCUGAGCUAAAUCAGAUGAAUCUCCACAAUCUGGCCAUAGUGUUUGGUCCCACUCUGUUCCAGACUGAUGGUCAGGAUUACACUGCUGGCCAGGCCAUUGAGGACCUCAUACAGCACUACAUACUUAUAUUUGAGGUGGACGAGCAGCAACUAAAUAAGCAACUGGAAGAGAUCAAAGCCAUCGUGCAAAUGCGGGAGAAGCUCAACACAAAAUUUCCUACGCACCAGAGAACUGAACGCGAUGGCCACUUCAUCUGUACAGUGUACCUGGAAGAGAAGGACGAGACGACAGAGCAACAUGUCAAGAUUCCUGGUUCUAUGACAGCAGCCGAGCUGAUACUUGAAGUUUUGGACCGACGUAACAUCGCAGUUAAAGACAAAGACUACUGGAGCUGCUGGGAGGUGUGCGACAAGGAAGAAAUGGAGCGUCUGCUGCAUUAUCAGGAGCGAGUCUUACCCAUCCUUCAUUCUGUGGGGACCGAGUCACAUCUACUUAUUAAGAAACAUUCCCACAUGGAGGCCAUGAUUGUGUAUUUGGCCAGUAAAGCGGAUGUAUCCAAACACGGGAUCAUAAAAUUCAGGGAAGAGCGAAGCAUCUUGGGCUUGGGGCUGCCCUCUGGAAAUUUCCAUGACCGAUAUUUCGUACUCAGUUUUACCUCGCUCAGAAUGUACAAGGAAGUCAGAAGUAACCGUCCAGAGCGGGAAUGGCCAGUAAAAAACUUGAAGGUUUAUCAAGGCAUCAAAAAGAAAGUCCGUCCUCCUACAUGUUGGGGUCUGACGUUGGUGUAUGAGAGCAAAAAACAAGAGAAGCCGGAGAGACAACAGUGGUAUCUUUGCUGUGAUGGACAGUCAGAAAUGAGGGAGUGGUAUGCUGCAUUUCUUAGUAUCCAGUAUGAAGGCGAUGUGUGGCCUCAGGAUGGACUCCAGCAGAGCCAAGUGAGCCGCGUACUGCCAGAUACGCGUCAUGGUAACGUGUCACUGAUACCACUGCGUGGCAGUGAAAAUGAGAUGCGGAACAGCGUAGCAGCUUUCAGUCAAGACGCGCUUGCUCUCUUUAGAGACGUGCGAUAAUGCUUACAGCAACGGCAACAUCCAGGGUGGGUGGUGAGGCACAUCAGCGGACCCCUGAAUAUUCCAGUAACUUCAUCAAUCUGUGAUCACACAGACCAGAUCAACUGAUGCCCGGGGAGCACGGACACCUAUAUUGCACAUGGAUGCUGCAUUUUCCACUCUGAUCAAAAAGUAAUCCAACACCAGGAUCAUAUGUAAAAACACAAUCUACACUGGUUUCCAUACACAGAUGACUUCUGUAAGAUGGAUGGAACAGAUCACAUGGACCUUUGGCCUUAAAGGAGGACGACGUGGUGACGUAGCACAAUCGAAAUGAGGCCUUUCUUUAGUCGCUUCCUGCUUGUUGUGCAGAAAUUUUGGACCCAGAGUCUCAUCGUUUCCACUGGUUACCCGAGUAAAGACAGACUCUCUGCGAGAAAACUCAAUGUCACGAUUCCAAUUAUUUCCACGGAAACUAAUGUUUAAACUAACAUUAUUUUAGGGACCAAUAUAGUGCUUAAAAAUAUUUAAAAUAAAAGUCUGACAAUGAUUUGGAGCCGAAUCUGUUCUUCUGUCUUCACCUGAAGUACUACUGCUUAACAAAUCAGUGCUAUAGAUGUACAGCUAAGCAUUAAAGAAUUGUUUAAAAAAAAUGACAGCUGGUGUUAAAAGGUGUUGUGAGGUGAUUUAUUUUUUAAUUUUUUCUGGACUUGAGCUGAACAUGAAUUGUCAUCUCAUCAUCUGUUACACUGCAGGCCGUUGCUUUUCAAAAGCUUGGUUGUAGUUUCAUAUUUGUGCUCACGUGUGGUUGUGUGCAGCAGUGUACGAGGACACAUGACGCACGUGGGGCUCAACUUUGUUAUGUUAAAAAAUUGACUGCUGGGGCGUAAAGCAAGGACGGUCCUGCACUUAAAAAAAAAAACAACCUUUGUGUUCAUAAAAUUGAAACAUGGAAGUCACAGCUGAAAGCAAAAUAUUUUUAGCAGAGAAAGGUGUAAUAAAAUAAAAGAAUAACUUGAUUUGUUAUUAUUCUUGUGCACCUUUAAAGUCAGAUUUUAAUCCACAUUUAUUCAUAACAGAUGUUUUGUCUGGCUCAUUGAAUGUCAUCUCAUCGGGACUGCCUUCUCUCUGUUUUCUUUCUGUAUUCCUGGGAUUGUGUUUUCAUUUACCAGGAAUAUUUCUGAAUACUGUAAAUUUAGUAGAUGUGAUUUAACAAAUGUAAACACAGCAUAGAAACUUUAAAACUGUAUAUUUUUAUAGUUCGGGGCACACAGUUCUAUAUCAGAAUACAUUGCAAUGUCUGUAUCAUUCUGUCAGGCGGGAUCACAACUUGUACAUAUUUAGUUUAAGGAUGAAUCUGUCUGCGGUUGCUAAGCAGCCGCAUCACCCGUCCUUAGUGUUGUUAUCUGUAGAUGUUCUUUUCUGAAGAGAUUUAUUUAUUUUGACAGCAGGGGAUCUCAAAUGCUGUGCAGUCAAACGUUUGCUCAUUCUCUCGUGAUAAUCAAGAUUUUCUGCUAAAUGUUAAAGGACGCGACUCCAUUAUUAGACGGUAAUGAGUAUAAACAAUCUUCAGGAACAACAACAAGGUGAAUCGUUUUAAACAGACACGAGCGUGUUUGAAUUUUGUAAGUGUACAGAAAGUGUAAAUCGAGGACUUCACCCAGGUACCUCACCAACGACUGUCAGCAGACGCGGGAGGAGACUUCAUACAUCAGUAAAAAUAUAUUUCUGAAAAAAUGGGCAGUUGUUAAAAGAAGAGGCCAUAUUUGAUCGCUAAUGAAAGUUUACACUCCUUACCGUCUAAUCAUAGACUUAGGGUUGUUUUAACCCUGAAUGUUCCUUUAAAGCCAUCCUCGAGCAGCACCUGUGAAGAAGGUUUAGUUGCAGUGUGUAGCCAUGUGUGUAUUAACUGGUGUCAGAAGUGACUUAGUUCUUUGUAGAAAUGAUGGCGUCUCUGUAGAAAGUAUGCACUCUUUUUCUUUUAAGUUUUAUUAUUAAGGGCUUUCAUCACUGUCACUGACGGUGAGAUUUUUAGUACCAGUAUUACACAUGAAUUAAUUGUUGGACCUUUCGUUUACAAGGAAUCAACACCAGCAACAUUGAUUGAUCAAAAACUCUACAGUUGUUUUUUUAGUUUUUCCGUCAGUUCUUAAUGUGGAUGCAUUUAUAGGAGUUGGGAUAAAUAUGUACUUUUUGUUUCGAUCAUUAUCCAAAAGUGUGUCUUAAUUGUAAUUCAUUGUUGUAAAACAAAGCACAGAGAUUAAUACACGUUUUCUAAGCUGGCUGUUAUCUCUCUGCCUCUCUCAUUUAUGCUUUUGCACGCUCACAUUUCUGAAACUUUAAUAAACACAUUCAGCUA